AUGAAAAGGCAAAUCAAGGAGUAACAAAAUGAAUUGAGAGAAAAGGAAAUAACAAUAUAAAAUUUUAAGAAAAAUGCUAAAGUAAGCAAAUUCUAAGAGCUCGAUGCUGAAAUCAGGGAAGUCUAUGAAGAACUCUAGAGAUUGAGAGAACUACUAAAAGAAAGAGAUGAUAUACUAUAAUAAUAAUAAAAGUAAAUUGAUGUAUAUCAUAGUCAUGCUCAGGAGCACUCAUCAAAUAAUGAAUUUGUCAAGGAGUUGCAACAGCAGAAUGAAACCUACCUGAAGGACAAUUAGGAAUUAGUAUAGAUUGUCAAACUUUAUGAGGAGAGGAAUACUUAAUUGGAACACCAAGUGCAGCAAUAAUAGAAAUAAUUGAAUAAGCAAGGCAGAGAUAUCUAGUUGUUAAAUCAAAAGUUACAAGUAUUCAAGAAGAGAGGAACUAAUGGCUAAUAUUUAAUCAGUUAGGAGGAGAUUGAUAAGGAUAUAGAAGAGAGGACCAAAUUGAAUUACUUAGUGGAAGAAUAAAAAGAGAAGAUCCAAAAAUUGGAGUAACAAUUAAAGAAAUUUUAAUCAGACAAUAGAAAAUAAUUGGAGUAGAAAUAAGGUAGAAACUUAUAAUAAUAACAAUCAUCCAGUCCCAAGGAUUAGAAUAAUAAUAUUUCUUAAUAGCAACAAAUAUAAUAGUUUCAAUAAUAAGAAUAAUUAAGGUAGAAUAAUAGCACAGAUUCUAUUUUACUUGAUUAAGAAUUGGCACAGUGUUAUGCAGAUGAAAUACGUUGUUAAUUGUAUUUGGAUAACAUACCCUUUGCAAAAUUCAAGGAAAAAUUGUCUACUUUGAAUAAGGGCAGAUUAAAUGAGAAUGGAGUUGUUGAGUUUUUAAAGACCAAAUUAGACAUGGAUGCAGCCAAAGCCUAAAAAUUUGCAAAAGCAUUACUCAAAAGUGAUGGAUAUGAUUAACCAAUUCAAAAAAUGAUAAGUGCCAAUAGACUUAAGAAUAUGAUAUUAUCACUUAUAUAAGAAUACAUCACUUAUCCUGGAUCAUCAAUUUAUUAAGAAGUUAGAAAAACUUUAUUAAAAAAUAAAGAAGAACUUACAAGGAAAUUUAGGUAGAAAUUUCAAAAUUAAGACUACAUUAAUAUAAGAUAAUUUGAAUAGCUAAUAUUAGAGUCUCAAAUAUCCAUUACUGAAUUGUAAAAGGAUUAAUUGUUCAUUCACAUUUAUUAAGUGUAUAGGGACUUAGUUCAAUUGUAAUGGGAGUAAUUCUUUAGAGAUGAUUUUAAGGCAAAUCAAUAGCCGAGAUUGGAAAAUUAAUAAAAGUUAAAUUCUCCUCCUAAUACAUAAAAAUAAGACAGCCCUAAUGAUUAUAUAAAGAUUUAGACCUAGAAUUCAGAUACUUCCAAAUAGGCCAAGAUAAGAAGUCAUGCUAGAAAUUCAUCUUAAAUAAUUGAUAAUGAUCCUAAUUAUCAGUCUGCAAAGGAAAAUUAAAAGCAUGAUGAAGAAAAUGAGAAUUAUGAUGAUUAUUUUGAGAGAGAUGAGGAUAAAAAUUCAUAAACCUCAGGAAAAGCAAAAGAAUAGGAUAAAAAGGACAAUGCAGACGAAGAAUAUUAGGAAUAGUUUGAUGAUUACUAAUAGAAGCCUUAAGAAGAUUAAGAGGACUAAGAGGAUGCAGUAGUGAAGAUUUAGCUUGCUUAUAAAAAGAAAAAGUAAAAGGAAGAAGGCAAGAAAAUUUAAGAGGAGUAAAAAGAAAAGAAGAGAUAAUAUCUUGAGGAAAAAGAAAAGAAGGAGAGGUAGGAAUAAUAAUUAAAGAAACAGUAAGAAGAGAUGAAAAGAUAAGAGGAAGAACAAAGUAAAAUAUUGGAGUAAAGGAAGAUUUUAGAAGAUUAAAAAAGGAAAUAAGAUUAGUAAAGACGAUAGGAAGAAGAAAGAAAAAGGAAGGAGGAAGAAUAAAAAUAGAAAGAAAAAGAAGAAGAAUAAAGAAGAUAUGAGGAAUAAUUAAGAAAAGAGGAAGAGGAGAAAGCAUUGUUGAUAUAAAAUGCUUAUAAACAAAAAAAGUAGAAAGAAGAGGGUAAGAAAAUAUUGGAAUAGAAAAAAAAGGAGAAAGAAUAAUACUUAGCUGAAUAAGAAGCAAAAAAAUAGUAGGAAGAAUUGGAGAGAUAGAGAUUAUUAAAAGAAUAAGAGGAAAAAGAUAAGUUAUUGAAAGAAGAGGAGGAUGCUGCUUUGAAGAUAUAGGUAGCAUAUUAAAAAAAGAAAUAAAUCGCAGAAGCCAAAGCAUUAUUAGAGUAAAAGAAAAGAGAAAAAUUUGUUAAUGACUAAAAGUAAAAGGAGGAGGACAGGAUAAGAAGAUAGAAGGAGAGGGAGGAAAAAUUAAGGAAAGAAUAGUAGGAAAGUGCUUUGAAAAAUUAAAGGGGCUCCAAAGAUAAGUAAUAAAUGGAUGAGGCAAAAUAAAUGUUGGAGAGUAAAAGAAACGAGAGGGAUUCAAUACAUAAGAAUCAAAAAAAAGGUGCUAAAGAUAAAAAAAAUAAUGAAGAUGAUUAUGAUUUUGAAUUUGAAUAAGAGCUUGAUGAUUAAAUAGAAGUUAAGAAGGAAAUCAAGGCUAAGGAAGAGGAAAUUAAUAUGGCAGCAUCAAGAAUACAGGGGGCCUAUAGACACAAAAAAAAUAAAUCAGAGGGAAAGAAAUUAUUAGAAGAACUCAAAGAGGAAAGGAGGUUAGAGGAAUUAAGAAAGAAGGAAGAAGAAUUAAGGCAGAAGGAAUAGCAAGAGCUUGAUGAUGUAGCUGUUAAAAUUCAAAAGGCUUACAAAAAGAGGUAAUAGAAGGAAGAAGGAAAGAAAAUCUUAGAAGAGAAAAGAAAAGAAAGGGAAUUGGAGAUUCAAUAAAAAAGUAAUAAACCAGAACAGAAUUAUAAUAAUGAGAAUGAUGACGGGUACGAUAAUGAGAAAUUUGAAGAUGGUACUGAUCAUGACAAAUUUACUAAUCCAGCCUUGGUAUAAAAGUAACUUUAAAAAAGAGAAGUUGAGGAUGAUGAUAAAGUGCCGGAUGAUCCAGUGGCAGAACAAAUGGAAGAUAAGUUAUUUAAUAGUGUUGGAAUAUUUUAAUAAUCUAUAAAUAAAGAGGAAGUAUCUGAUGCUGAUUAACUUUUAUGA